AUGCAGCAAAAAUUCUUGCCUGGAACAAUUAACGAAUUCGGCGUAGAAAUGCUCCCAGACUGGCUAUACAGCCAAAUCUUUCAACGCACAACCCGCCCCAAAGUAUCUAAAGAACAUCUACGACUAGCCAAAGAUCACCUAAACAAACAAGGUCUAGCCGACAAGAAAUCUGACCCGCUAACUGCACUACAAGAAUUCAAAUUGCCCAAUUUGUGUGGGAGUACAAUCGCCGAACAUUUUUUACGGAUUGGCGAGGAACAAGCGAGACCUGUUCGUGAGCUGGCGAUUCAGUUUGCGGAUGUUUUGUUGCCAGAAAUACCAACAAAGUGGGAGCGUAAGGCUGGUUGGACACGAUAUACGGGGAAUGGUAAAGAGCCGGAAAGUGUAGACUAUCCGAACGAAGAACUUUUGUGUUUUGAUGUGGAGACAUUUUUGAAGGAUAGUCCGUUUGCGUUGAUGGCUGUUGCAGCUUCACCGAAUGCUUGGUAUGCAUGGGUAUCGCCUCAGUUAAUUGAAUACGCAAAUAAUAAAAAAAAGCCCAUGAAUCGAAAUGUUGACUCUGCAAGUAAUAACAAUAAAGGGCGCUUGAUUCCUAUCGGUAAUAUUAAAAAAGCUCGAAUAAUAGUUGGUCAUAAUGUCGGUUUUGAUCGAGCACGUAUUAAAGGAGAAUAUCGUCUUGAUCCUUCAAAUACAUAUUUCUUGGAUACAAUGGCGCUACAUGUCGCUGUUAGUGGUCUCUGUUCACAACAGCGCCCCUCCUGGAUAAAAUACGACAAAGCAUCAGAAAUUCAAGAUAGCAUUUAUCUAGAACAAGCCCAAGAUUUUCAAGCAAUCUACGACGUAAGUUCUUUGAAUAAUUUACGAGAUGUCUACAAAUUUCAUUGUUCCGAGAUUUUGGAUAAGACGACACGAGAUAUGUUUGUCAAUGGGACUAUGGAAGAGAUUAGUGAUCCAAAAAAUUUUUCUACACUAAUGAACUAUUGUGCGACUGAUGUACUUGCCACACACAGGGUAUUUAAAAAAGUGUUACCGCGAUUUUUGCACGUGUGUCCACAUCCAGUAUCAUUUGCUGGAAUGGUUCAUAUGGGAAGUAUGUUUUUGCCGGUAAGUAGUGAUUGGGAUCACUACCUGAAAAACUCAGCAAGUGUUUUCCAAGAACAAACCAACUUGAUCGAGAAUAAUUUACGCCAAUUGGCAUUAGCCGCCGUGAAAUUAAAGCCAGAGGAAGCAAUGAAGGAUCCUUGGCUUCAACAAUUAGAUUGGUCGUUCCCAUCCUUGCAAAGUAGGAAACUUCCCGAUAAGCCAAAUUGGUUUCGUGAAAUCUAUAAUGCAACAACUGCAAAGAUCAAAAUAACGGCUAGAACUCGUAUAGCGCCACUGUUGCUAAAGCUGAAAUGGUUAAAUUAUCCGUUAUACUUUUCCCAAAAACAUGGAUGGAUGUAUCGGGUGCCUAAAGAGGAUACUCAGUAUCAAAUUAAAGCUAAACAAUGUGAAUUUGAGCAAGAUCUCGAAGCACCAGAUUACGAAGAACGCUUUGCCAAAGAUAAAGAAGCACGGUAUUACAAAAUACCGCAUAAAGAUGGAGAAGCAGCCAGAGUUGUGACUCCUUUAGCAAAAAAUUAUGUAUCGGCUUUUGAGAAUGGAAUUCUGAAUUCUGAGUACCCAGAGGCUCGUGAUGCACUCAGCAUGAAUGCUGCAUGUUCAUACUGGAUAAGUGCAAGAGAUCGUAUACAAUCUCAAAUGGUGGUGUAUCAAGGUCAUCCCGACAUCAAGAAUAUUGGAUUUGAAAUGAAUGAUGAGAAACUUCCGGGAAUGAUUUUACCACAGACUCUAACUAUGGGCACUGUAACUCGCCGUGCCGUAGAAAAAACAUGGUUAACUGCAAGCAACGCAAAGGAAAAUCGAAUUGGAUCUGAAUUGAAAGCAAUGGUUCAAUCACCUAAAGGCUAUAAAAUUAUAGGCGCAGAUGUAGAUUCAGAAGAGUUGUGGAUUUCCAGUUUAAUUGGUGAUGCACAAUUCGGAGCUCAUGGAUCAACAGCCUUAGGAUGGAUGACACUCCAGGGCACAAAGGCAGCUGGUACAGAUUUACAUUCUAAAACCGCGUCAAUUUUAGGGAUUUCCAGAGACAAUGCCAAAGUUUUUAAUUAUAGCCGAAUUUAUGGUGCUGGAUUGAAAUUCGCGAUUCAAAUGCUUCGACAUUCCAACGAGAAUAUCGAAGAGGCAGAAGCCCAAAAUCGUGCAGAGAAUUUAUAUAGACAAACAAAAGGUGAAAAAUACUAUGUUAGAAAAGAUGCCAAAACUUUCUGGUAUGGUGGCAGUGAAAGUUACAUGUUUAACAGCUUGGAAAGUAUCGCCACUAGUGACGAGGCAAAAACCCCUGUGUUGAAGUGUGGCAUAACAGACGCACUGAACUCAAAAUUUGUUAAUCGUAACUAUAUGACUUCUAGGGUUAAUUGGAUCGUGCAAUCUUCUGGCGUUGAUUAUCUUCAUUUGCUGCUUGUCUCGAUGAAAUAUUUGACUGAAAAAUAUGGCAUUUGGACAAGAUUCAUGCUCUCUGUGCACGAUGAAGUGCGGUUUCUUGUUAAAGAGGAGGAUAGCUAUCGAGCUGCACUAGCAUUACAAAUUAGUAAUUUAUGGACUAGAGCCAUUUUCAGUUAUAUGCUUGGAAUUGAGGAUUUGCCUUUGUCAAUUGCGUUUUUCUCAACUGUCGAUAUUGAUCACGUACUUCGUAAAGAAGUAGAAAUGAACUGCAAGACAUCAUCACACCCAUCAGAAAUUCCUCAUGGUCUUAGUAUUUCAAUACAAGAUAUCUUAAAAAAGCAGGAAACAUUAUACUGUGAGGAUAGUAAGGCCAAUAAUAUCAAUAACGAAGACCUAACCUACACAAGACACAAAAUACCGAAUGAAUACGCCAAACUUUUAAAGCAACAUCGACCGUCUAAUUAUGAUGUAUUUUUAAAGGCACAAUCAUGCACGAGUAACGCUGAAAUUGAUCAAGAGUUCAAUAAAACGCGACCUAACAAAAAUUUAGGUUCUAAAAAAGGGCAUGGUAAUCGUAGUAAUGCUGAUGAAAUAUAG